AAUGUACUGGAGAAAAUUUACCCUAUUAAAGGAUAUAUCUGCUAUUUUCAUCAUUUUUAGCCCUUUUUGUUUCAAUUUGGAAACUUGCCAACAUAAAAAAGUCGGAAUCUUUGAUAGUAAUAAAUUUCCUAACUCAAGAUUUACAGAUUUCCUUCGAUAUAAUGACAAUAGACCAGAAUAUGUUAGAAUAACAUAUCCAAAUCAGGAAUACUCUUGGAAUACUAUUGAAGCUGGUGAAGGAUGGAUUCAAGUUGAUUUGGGUGAAGUAUAUGAGAUACAUGGAUUAGACAUUAGAGGAAGAUGUUGGUGUGCUGGAUCUAGUCAAUCUUACUACUAUACAAAAACAUUUAAAUUACUCUAUGGUUUGGAAGAUGGUGGACUAAGUUUUUGUAAAGAUAAAGAAGGAAAUAAUGAGAUGUUUUAUGGAAAUGAUGAAAACUCAUGGAAUGAUACUAUUCAUAUAAAUUUGAAUAUGAAAAUUUAA